AUGUUAACCAAGUUCGAAACGAAAUCAGCCCGAGUCAAGGGGAUAUCGUUUCACGCGAAACGACCAUGGGUUUUAGCCAGUUUGCACAAUGGUGUUAUUCAGCUGUGGGACUAUCGAAUGUGCACUUUAUUGGAGAAAUUUGACGAACAUGAUGGUCCUGUUCGUGGUAUCUGUUUCCAUAUUCAACAGCCUCUCUUCGUAUCAGGAGGCGAUGAUUAUAAAAUAAAGAUUUGGAAUUACAAGCAGAGAAGAUGCUUGUUUACAUUGCUAGGUCACUUGGAUUACAUCAGAACAACAUUUUUCCACCACGAGUAUCCCUGGAUCCUUAGUGUUUCAGAUGAUCAGACAAUUAGAAUUUGGAACUGGCAAUCACGGCAGUGUAUAAGCGUCCUCACAGGUCACAAUCACUAUGUAAUGUGUGCGCAAUUUCACCCAACGGAAGAUUUGCUUGUCUCUGCUUCUUUGGACCAGUCGGUUAGAGUGUGGGACUUUUCUGGUUUGAGGAAGAAGAGUGUGGCCCCAGGGCCUAGUGGUUUGGCGGAUCAUUUAAGAAAUCCACAGGCUACUGAUCUUUUUGGACAGGCUGAUGCAGUGGUUAAACAUGUUCUAGAAGGCCAUGACCGUGGAGUCAACUGGGCCGCAUUCCACCCCACACUGCCGUUGAUUGUAUCUGCAGCUGAUGACAGACAAGUCAAACUUUGGAGGAUGAAUGACGCUAAGGCAUGGGAGGUCGACACUUGCAGAGGGCACUACAACAACGUCUCGUGCGCAUUAUUCCACGCUCGGCAUGAAUUGAUACUGUCGAACAGUGAGGACAAGUCCAUCCGUGUGUGGGAUAUGACUAAACGGAUCUGCAUGUACACUUUCAGACGAGAGCAUGAACGCUACUGGGUGCUCUCGGCACAUCCUACUUUAAACCUCUUUGCUGCGGGACAUGAUGCAGGAAUGAUACUAUUCAAACUGCAGAGGGAAAGACCAGCCUAUGCAGUCCAUAAUAACAUACUUUUCUACAUUAAAGACAAACAGUUACGUAAAUUGGACAUGCAGGCAAAUAAGGAUGCCCCCGUCAUGCAGAUCAAAGGAGGUAGUCGUCACCAGCCUUACAGCAUGUCCCUAAACCACGCUGAGUUCUGUGUAUUGGUGACUUGGCGCAUCGGUGACAAUUGCACCUACGAGUUGUAUAAUGCCCCGCGUGAGGGCACUGAAGUCAGCGGCGAGCCUGCGCGUGGGCAGGCUGCUGCUGCUGUUUGGGUGGCGAGGAACAGAUUUGCCGCGUUGGAGAAGAACAAUCAGCUGGUAAUUAAGAACCUAAAGAACGAAGUGUCCAAGAAAAUAUCUACACCAAAUUGCGAUGAAAUAAUGUAUGCCGGCACUGGCAUGCUGCUGCUGCGUGAACCUGACUGCGUGCAGCUGCUUGAUGUUCAACAAAAAAGGACUAUAGCCAGCGUGAAAGUACCGAAAUGUCGUUACGCAAUUUGGAACUCCGAUAUGUCGCUUGUGGCGCUAUUGAGCAAGCACACGGUAACGAUAUGCACUAAGAAACUGGAACAGUUGUGCUCGAUUACAGAGGGCGCUAGAGUCAAAUCUGGUGCGUUCGACGACUCAACACCGCAGCCGGUAUUUAUUUAUACCACAGCGAACCAUAUAAAGUACUGCUGUAAGGACGGAGAUUUCGGCAUUAUACGUACACUGGACGUACCCGUAUACGUUGUUAAGGUUCUACCGAGCGAGGGCGCUGCUAAAGUUGUUUGUUUGGAUCGUGAGGCAAGACCAAAAGUACUAACAAUCGAUCCCACUGAAUACAGAUUUAAACUGGCGCUAGUGACUCGCCAAUAUGAUCAAGUACUACAUAUGGUGAGAACAGCUAAGUUGGUUGGGCAGAGUAUCAUAGCUUACCUCCAGGAAAAAGGCUACCCAGAGGUCGCUCUACACUUUGUGAAAGACGCCCGCACACGUUUGUCACUGGCGUUGCAGUGUGGCAACAUUGAAGUGGCGCUAGAAGCAGCUAAAAGCAUAGAUGAACCAGAUGCAUGGGACCAAUUGGCCAAAGAGGCACUUGCGACUGGAAACCAUCAGAUAGUAGAGAUGUGUUACCAACGUACGAAGAACUUCGACAAACUCUCGUUUUUGUAUUUGAUAACUGGCAACCUAGAGAAGCUACGCAAGAUGAUGAAGAUUGCGGAAAUACGAAAGGAUGUCUCUGCGCAGUUUCAAGGAUCCCUUUUGCUUGGUGAUGUUAAAGAGAGAAUUAGGCUGCUGAAGAAUUCUGGACAGCUUUCUCUCGCCUACUUAACUGCCAUAAAUUAUAAACAAACUGAAGAAGCAGAAUUACUGAAGGCGGCUAUAGAAGCCUCAGGCUUACCUGUACCGGAAGCCAACCCCAACGCAGAAGGCCUAACCCCUCCAUUACCGGUCUUACGCGCUCAGGGCAAUUGGCCACUUUUGGCCGUGUCUAAGAGCUUCUUUGAAGUAGCCGGGACAGCGCGCGCGGGUGCAGCUGGAGAUACCAGUGCCAUUAGCGCUGUUGCAGACGUUGAAGAACCCCUUGAAGCCGGUGGGGCCUGGGGCGAUGAUGAUGUUGUGCUCGACAAGGAGGAAGGUGAAGAAGGUGGGGAACCCCAAGAGGAUGCGUGCGACGAUGGCGGUUGGGAUGUUGGAGAUGAAGACUUGGAAUUGCCAGAGGAACUUGCGCCUAUACCUGCUGAUAUAGAUGGCGGUGAAGACAGUUCGCAAUACUUUGUGGCGCCUACGCGAGGCGUCAGUUUGGCCACGGGCGCGAAACUAAAGACUGCACACGACUACGUCACGACAGGACAGUUUGAAAUCGCUUUCAGAUUGCUGAACGAACAAGUCGGAAUAGUGAACUUCGAGCCUUAUUCCGAAACCAUGCUGAGUAUGUUCUCGUGUGGGCGCGUGAUGUUCAGUGCUUUGGCCAGCCUCCCCCCACUUCAAGCGCAUCUACACAGGAACUGGAAAGAGGCUAGCGGGAAGGACUUAUUGCCUGUUAUAACCGCGAAGCUAAACGACUUAGUGGGCCAACUACAACAAUGCUACCAACUAACAACGAGCGGCAAGUUCACGGAUGCGAUAGACCGGCUGCAGCGGAUCGUGCGUCUCGUUCCUCUGCUGCUGGUCGACUCGAAGCAGGAGUUGGCCGAAGCGCAACAGUUGCUGACGAUCUGCAGAGAGUACCUAUUGGGCUUGCAAAUGGAGACGGCGAGGAAAGGUAUGCCAAAGAACACUUUGGAUGAACAGAAGCGCACAUGCGAAAUGGCCGCCUACUUCACCCACUGUAAGCUUCAACCGGUGCACCAGAUUUUGACCCUUAGAACAGCUCUGAACAUGUUCUUCAAGUUGAAGAACUUCAGGACGGCCGCCUCCUUCGCAAGAAGACUGCUAGAAUUGGGACCAAGGCCAGAAGUGGCGCAACAGGCUAGAAAGAUAUUGCAAGCGUGCGAAAAGACACCCACAGAUGAACACCAAUUAUUGUACGAUGAGCACAACCCCUUCAACAUUUGCGGUAUUAGCUACAAGCCCAUAUAUAGGGGCAAGCCUGAGGAAAAGUGUCCCCUGUGCGGGGCAAGCUUCAUGCCAGAGCACAAAGGCAAAUUGUGCCCCCUCUGCGGUGUCGCGGAAGUCGGCAAAGACGCGCUUGGAUUAAGAAUCUGCCCCCUCCAAUUCCAGAGAUAG